UCCAGUUUAAACGUUGACCGCGCAGCUGUUAAUAACUGGUUGGCUAUUGCUAACAACAAAAAGAGGAUCGUAACGAUUUUUCAGUUUUAUUUUUCUUUUGGUAUUUCUUAUUAUUAAUUUUAUGAGCUGGUUGAAGCAUCUGGUAGUCUCUGGCCUUCUGUUUAUGGAUAAUUUAAAACCUGAACAGAACUCGGCUGUAAUUUCUUCCAAUUUUAAAUGUCUACAAUUGACCUCCCAGCUGAUACAGCUCUGGAUCUGCAUCAGAUAGUUUAAAUCUUCAACUAUUGGUUGUCACCCUACCGCAUGCUUCGUUUCCAGAUUUUAUUUUCUGAGUGUUUAUUGAACGGAAUUCCCUCCUCUUAGGAGCGAGGAGUGAUUGUUCGCAAAGAUGAUGGAGUCAUGUUUCACUGGAAUACCGAAGAGAGUCGGACCAGUGGAGGUGGAGGACAUCAAAAGAAACCUGCUGGGUGAAUUGGAGGCUGUGGAACCACAGACGGAGAACCUGCAUGUGUACCUUAGAGUUCGGCCUUUUACUGCAGCUGAAAGCAACAGCGGAGAGUCCCAGGACUGUGUGGCUAUUGAGGGUUCCAACUCUGUGGUUAUCAGAGCUCCUAGGUUCUGUCAGCCAAAUCGGCAGGGCGACAAGUCUCUCCCUCCGACGGCUCAGAGGUUCACCUUCACACAGGUGUUUGGCCCCAAAGCCAGUCAGAGGACUGUGUUUGAAGGUUCAGUUCGUGGUUUGGUCCAGGAUGCUCUGCAGGGAGGAAACUGUCUGGUGUUCACUUAUGGAGUCACCAAUGCUGGAAAAACCUUCACCUUCCUCGGGCCAGACCACAACUCUGGGCUGCUUCCCAGGUCUCUAUCAGUCAUCUUUAACAGCAUAAAGGGUAAUCUGUACAGCCGCAGUGAUCUGAAGCCUCAGCGGUGCAGAGACUUCAGCAGACUUACCCCUGAACAGCAGGCAGCAGAGAUCAGCACCAAGAAAAACCUGCUGAGGCUGCUGAAAGAGAGCGACAAGAGUCUGACGACUGGGAAAUCAGCUUCACUUGAAGGCUCCUCCGUCAGCAGCGAUGGCAGCAUGAGCAGCGUUGCUGAGGCAGACUCCUUCUGUCUGGACAUUCCAUCAACUGUUCGCUUCUCUGUUUGGGUCUCAUUCUGUGAAAUCUACAAUGAGAACAUCCACGAUCUACUGGAACAGGUUCCCAGUGGACAACACAAGAGAACGGUGCUACGUCUGUCCCAGGACGUUAAAGGGAACUCCUUCAUAAAAGACCUGCGUUGGAUCCAGGUGAACAGCUCAGAGGAGGCGUACAAAGUAAUGAAGAUCGGGAAGAGGAACCAGAGUCUAUCUUCUACCAGACUGAACCAUCUGUCUAGCAGAAGCCACAGCAUCUUCUCCAUCAGGAUCCUCCGGAUUGAUGAUGUUGGAGUUCCCAGAGUCCUCGGCAUCAGCGAGCUGGCUCUUUGCGACCUGGCUGGCUCGGAACGCUGUUCUCGCACCCACAACACCGGAGCGCGGCUAAAAGAGGCAGGAAACAUCAAUAGCUCCCUGCUGACGCUGGGGAAGUGCAUCAACGCCAUGAAGCUCAACCAGAAUGCCAAGUUCCAGCAUCACAUUCCCUUCAGGGAGUCUAAGCUCACCCACUUCCUGCAGUUCUUCUUCUGUGUUUCUGGCCGCGUGUCCAUGGUGGUCAACAUAAACCAGAACUCCUCCUGUUUUGACGAGACACUCAAUGUCCUCAAGUUCUCCGCCCUGGCUCAGAAGGUGGUGAUGGUUACCUCCCAGCCCCUUGCCCUGGACAACAGUGCCUGCCACAAGUCAGCAAUGGAGCUGUCUCUCAUCAUCGAUGAAGCCGACCGGCGCAGAAACAUGCUGAACCAGGGCAGGAGGAGCUCGCUUGUUGCCUGGGAGACAAGUCUGGAAGAUGUCCUGGAGGCUGAAGACAGUGAGGAGUGGGAGGAAGAAAGUGUGACAGAGGGAACAGUGCUGGAGGCUGGAGGGGAGGAGGAUGGGGACCAGACUAUGGAGGAGGAAGUGGUGAAGGAGGCGGCACUCCGUUUGGUUCUGGAGGCUCAAAUCAGAGAAGAAGUCAGCUCUGAGUUCAUGGAGCUGUUCAACAAGAUGGAGAAAGACUACAUCGAACGUCUGGAGAAGGAGAGGGAGAUCUUGGAGGAGCGUGCUGAGAAGAGGGUGGAGAUCCUAAAAAACCUUGUCAGUAAAACAGUCGACCUGACCACAUCCAGCAAUGAUGGCUGCAUGGAGGCAGCGAAUUUGGGGGGAAUCAUCAGCUCCAUGACUGAAGACCUACAGAAGAUCAGAGCCGAUGCUCAGAGCGUCCAACAUUGUCUGUCUGAACAGACACACACUGCAGAGUUGGAGGCGCUGCGGUUAGAGAAGCUACAGUGUCAUGAGCAGUUGCAGGAAGCCAUGGAGAGUCUGGAGCAGCAGCAGCAAAGGUUCUCAGAACUGUCAGAAAUCUGUGCGCAGAAAGAGGACAUCAUCAGUAAACUCCAGGAAGACCUGAGGAAUGCCACACAAGACAGACCGGCCACCUGUACCUGUGGGAGGAGGACCAGAGAGGACCAGAGAACAGGGGAGGAGAGAAAGGAGAGCUGUAAGUGCCAAUGUGAUGAUGCAGAGGGGCAGGGAGGAGGAGCAGUCAAGAAGAGAGUCCUGGAAGAGGAAAUCUGGGGGCUGCAGGAGGAAAACAACAAGAAAGAUGAGACAAUCAGUGAGCUGAGGAGGGGGCUGGAGGAGCUGAAGAACGACAACUUGGAGUUGGAAAAGAAGGUUCAGGAGCUGACAGAUCUGGACGAGUGUCUGAACUGUGGCUCUGUGCUUUCGUCUCUGGAGAUGGAGCAGAAGGAGACAGCCAGGCUACAAAAAGAGAACAAAGCUCUUGUGAACGGCAUCUUCCAGCUGCAGACUGAGGUAACUGCCCUGCAGAUGCAGCUCAAACAGCAGACUGACACAUGCAACAGCCAGUCAAAGCAGCUAGACUUGACUAAGUCGCGCCUUCAGUACCUUGAGAACCAAUUAGAGGAGAGUUCUUGCUCAACUAAGAGUCUCACAGAAGAAGUGACGUGUCUGAGACAGGAAGUCAAGCAGGAGGAGGAACAGAACAGCAGCAGCAUCAAUGUGGUUGCCAAGGGAGAGCUGAAGAAGAAGAGUGAAUCGGCAGAGCAGAGGUCUGCUCACAUCUCCCAACAGAUGGAAGAGCUGCAGCAAGAGAAGAGGCAGCUGGAGGAGCAGCUGGCUCUCAGCAACAGCAGCUGUGUGGAGCUCAGGCAGGAGCUGGAAAAUCAGAGAACAGAAUUGAGCCAGCAACUGCAGAAUCUAAGGGCAGAGCUGGAGUCAGAGGGUAGAGCUCUGCAGCACAGACUGGAGGAUGAGGUAGCAGGGUUGCAGCGAGUAAUGCUGGAGAAGGAGCAACUACUGGAGGACAGCCGAAAGCAGGAAGAGACUCUGACACGAGAGCUGCAGUGUCUGAAGGAGAAGCUGCAUAGGAGGGUUGAAGAGGAGGAGAAGGAGAAUCGGAAUGGGAGGAGGCUACAUGGGAGGAGGAGAACGGACCAGAGGGAGAAUCUGCACAGAGAUGCUCAGGACAUUUGUGCUUCCCCUUUGUGGUCUACCAUCGCUGACCAGAAGAAACUUUCCAAGAAAGUGAAGAGGAAAAGGAAGAGCAGUGAGGUAGAGGGUUUGGUGUUCAGUGAGAACAAGAGGAACAGAAUUAAAGAGAAAACUUGCAACAACAAUCUAGAGGGUGGCAUGCUGCAGAAGAUUGAUGAACUGAUCCAGAACUCUCCAUCUGUCCUCCACAGCAAAGCUGAUCCUGCCUCUUUCCUGGAGGCCGUCACUAUGCCAACCAGACCCCGGCGAGGACGAAAGAAGCUGUUCAAGCUGGAUGUCUCAUCUCCGCUGCUGGACUCUCCUCACAGCAUUCCAGGUGGAAAUGAGGAAGACAAGGAGAGCGAUCACCUGAUCAUCAGAAGACAUCUGCGCUCCAACCGUAAAAAAUGACCUGUCCUGCCGGGUUGUGAUUCUUGGACUUCUGUUUGAUAUGAAUAUUGAUAGCUAUAAGUGAUGCAACUAUACUCAGAACCAGGAAUAGUAAGAAGAUCUGAGAGGACAGAUGUCAUUAAGGCUUCUUCAUUCUGGCAUUGGUGAUUAAAUCAAAAACACUGCAAUGGGAGUUUUUGAAAACAGCUGGAUCAAAUGCCAGGAGACAAUCCAGACUCAAGGUGAGUCAGAAGGGUGAAAACAUUAAUCAGGUCAGUGAUGUGAUAGUUUAGUCACCAGAACAUCUUAAUAUCCAUGAGGACCCAAUACUUCCUCUGCAUCAUGUUUCUAAAAGAGGUUGAUGAGACCCACAAACUGAGGUUCUUUACAGAAAUCUGAUUCAAUUGUCAACACUGAUGGCCUAUCAGUGUUGAUACCCAUCUCUGGUUUCCGCUCCUCUCACCAGAUUUAAUUUUUCCUCUGAUUCGGAGUCUGACCUCUGUUGACUUUAGCAGACAGAAACCAAACACCUGCUGGGCUGUAGAAAGAACAAUAAGACCAAAAAGUGUCGAUGUUUUCCUUUAGUUUUCAUGAGUCAAAAUAAAUUUGGCUUAAGGUUCUGACACCAUUUAAAAUCUCUUGGAGUUAAGUGUGUUAAUACACACUUAUGUCAGCUAAAUACUCUGACUGAUUUUAGGUUGUUUCACCCGUUUCAGGUUGAUUCUGACUUUACAUGUGGGAACUUUUGUGGGUGCAGAAUGGAUUUUUUUUUUUGUUAAAGUAAAAUCCUUGAAGACAUCCUAGGUUUUAUUUUGUUGAUGUAAAGGAAGGGUGACACAGCAGGUUGGCCAUGUUUUAGUUAAUAUUUUUUGUAAUAAAAUUUUUAAUACCUGAAAUGAUG